GGGUAGAUGUCAUUUUGGGGUUGCUUGCAGCUCUGUUUUCUUUGUUCUAAGUUGGGAGUUCAAAAGUUGGAAAUAAGUGAGGAAGAGAAGGGCAUGUGUUGUUCACAGAAUGAUUGAGCUGCCAGUGUGAUGCAGCUGUAAAAAGGCAAAUGUGAUCUAUCAGUUGGAGCAUUUGUAGUAGAGAUGAGGCAGUAUAACUGCCAUAUUAAAGGCUCUGCAAAGUCAUGUGGAAACACUGUACGAUUCUAGUUCAUCAUUCAAGAAAGUUAGAUCAUUCAUUAUAACUGGAGUGCAUGUGCAGAACAAUUGAUUAUUAAUGUAAUUGAUAGGCUAGUCCGUCAUUUCAGAGGAAACAAAAGUUUGGAUAUACUUGCUUUCUAUAGAUACAUUACAGAAGUAAAUAUUAGGCAGGGAGAAAAGUUUUUUAAGUUAUAGGAUGAAAUCGGUACAAGUACUAAAGCAUAUGCCCAUUCUAUAAGUAAAUUAAAGCUUGAAAUUAGAAUGCCCUUGACCUUUAAAGGUUGUGGAGUAUUCAUAACUGUGGUAGCAGGGGGCUGGGCUUGGUGAUCCAGUGGGUCCUCUCCUGUACCAGCAACUUCCCUGUUUGCAACACACAUUUUAGUAGCAGAGCAUGUUGCCUGGUUCAGGAUUAGUUAUCCUGUGAUUGUGCUGCUUGCAGGUCGAGUACAGGGAGAUGGAUGAAAGUCUUGCAAACCUCUCUGAAGAUGAAUAUUACUCUGAGGAGGAAAGAAAUGCUAAAGCUGAGAAAGAAAAAAAGCUGCCGCCACCGCCACCACCACCACCUCCAGAGGAAGAGAAUGAGAGUGAGCCAGAAGAGCCAUCUGGGCAAGCAGGAGGACUUCAAGACGACAAUUCUGGAGGGUUUGGAGACGGCCAAGCAUCAGGUGUGGAAGGGGCAGCUUUCCAGAGCAGACUUCCACAUGAUCGUAUGACAUCUCAAGAAGCUGCCUGUUUCCCAGACAUAAUCAGUGGCCCACAGCAGACUCAGAAGGUGUUUUUAUAUAUCAGAAACCGCACAUUACAGCUUUGGUUGGACAACCCAAAGGUUCAGCUGACGUUCGAAGCGACUCUUCAACAGUUAGAAGCACCUUAUAACAGUGACACCGUGCUAGUUCAUAGAGUACACAGCUAUCUGGAGCGGCAUGGUCUGAUCAACUUUGGCAUCUACAAACGGGUAAAGCCCCUUCCAACCAAGAAGACUGGAAAAGUGAUCAUUAUAGGAUCUGGAGUGUCUGGCUUGGCAGCUGCUCGUCAAUUGCAGAGUUUUGGGAUGGAUGUCACCGUUCUGGAAGCCAGGGAUCGUGUAGGAGGAAGAGUUGCUACAUUUCGCAAAGGCAAUUAUGUUGCUGAUCUAGGAGCCAUGGUGGUAACAGGUCUGGGAGGGAAUCCAAUGGCUGUGGUCAGCAAACAAGUGAACAUGGAACUGGCCAAGAUCAAACAAAAAUGUCCGCUUUAUGAAGCUAAUGGACAAGCUGUUCCUAAAGAGAAAGAUGAAAUGGUGGAACAGGAGUUCAAUCGGUUGCUUGAAGCCACCUCCUAUCUCAGUCAUCAGUUGGACUUCAAUGUUCUUAAUAACAAGCCUGUCUCCUUAGGUCAGGCUUUGGAGGUUGUCAUACAAUUGCAAGAGAAGCAUGUGAAGGAUGAACAGAUCGAACACUGGAAAAAAAUAGUAAAAACUCAGGAGGAGUUAAAAGAUCUUCUUAACAAGAUGGUGAAUUUAAAAGAGAAGAUUAGAGAGCUCCAUCAACAGUACAAGGAGGCAUCUGAAGUAAAACCACCUCGGGAUAUUACUGCGGAGUUCCUUGUAAAGAGCAAGCACAGAGAUCUCACUGCGCUCUGCAAGGAGUAUGAUGAAUUAGCUGAAACGCAGGGCAAGCUGGAAGAGAAACUCCAAGAACUUGAGGCUAAUCCACCAAGUGACGUGUAUCUAUCCUCAAGGGACAGGCAGAUACUUGACUGGCAUUUUGCUAAUUUAGAAUUUGCUAAUGCAACGCCUCUGUCUACACUCUCACUGAAGCACUGGGACCAGGAUGAUGACUUCGAAUUCACAGGCAGUCAUUUGACUGUGAGGAAUGGAUAUUCUUGUGUGCCUGUUGCCUUAGCAGAAGGGUUGGACAUUAAGUUAAACACAGCAGUUCGACAGGUUCGCUACACAGCUUCAGGAUGUGAAGUGAUAGCUGUGAACACCCGCUCUACUAGUCAGACUUUUAUUUAUAAAUGUGAUGCUGUCCUGUGCACUCUUCCCUUGGGAGUGCUGAAACAACAGCCACCUGCUGUACAGUUUGUGCCUCCUCUUCCUGAGUGGAAAACGUCUGCAGUGCAGAGGAUGGGAUUUGGCAACCUGAACAAGGUGGUGUUGUGUUUUGACCGUGUCUUCUGGGAUCCAAGUGUCAAUUUGUUUGGACAUGUUGGCAGCACUACUGCCAGCAGAGGAGAACUUUUCCUUUUCUGGAAUCUCUACAAAGCUCCAAUUCUUUUAGCAUUAGUGGCUGGAGAAGCAGCUGGAAUCAUGGAAAACAUCAGCGAUGAUGUCAUUGUUGGGCGCUGUCUGGCGAUUCUAAAAGGCAUAUUUGGCAGUAGUGCUGUCCCACAGCCCAAAGAGACUGUGGUGUCCCGCUGGCGCGCUGACCCAUGGGCCCGAGGGUCCUAUUCCUAUGUAGCAGCUGGAUCUUCUGGAAAUGAUUAUGAUUUGAUGGCUCAGCCAAUUACUCCUGGUCCAGCCAUUCCAGGUGCUCCCCAGCCAAUUCCUCGCCUGUUCUUUGCAGGAGAACAUACCAUUCGUAACUACCCUGCAACUGUCCAUGGUGCUCUUCUGAGUGGACUGAGAGAAGCAGGUCGCAUUGCAGACCAGUUUCUUGGGGCAAUGUAUACUUUGCCUCGCCAAGCUACACCUGGGGUGCCCACACCACAACAGGCUGCUAGCAUGUAAGGAAGAUUGCAAGCUGCCAGGAUAAGAGAGCAAUGAGAUCAUAGGUGCGUUUGUGGUGGUGUUGUUUCUGGGACCAAGAUAUCUUCGUAGUCUGUAGCAGUAGACACUGAAAAGACUGAGCCAGAAGCCACUUUAAGGGCAUCCCCUUUCCCCUUCCCCCUCAUGGCCCACUUGAAAGAGACACCUAUUCUCUUUUCACUGAUUCACAGAUCCCCUUCUCCCUCUUUGCCCCAGUGUUUAUGUAUACAGAGCCUCUUACUGCCAAGCCAGUCAGGAAUUCCUGUGACUGCAAAUCCAGUUGGAAAUUAGGUCCUGGGUCUGUGUAGUUAUUUCUUUUAGCACAAGAGGAACUUACCCAUGUGUUCUCAGGUCAAGAAUUGCAGAAAAGGUUUAGACUCUCAAGCAGCCAGUUGCUCUCUGUAACAACCAAUGUAGAAUUUGUCUUUAUGUGGAUUUUUUUGUGUAUUUUGUUUUGGAAAAAAAAAAUAUUUUUGAUCAAGUUUCAUUUCUUUUUCUUUUUCAUUUGAGAAUGAAAUUAGUGCAUCUGUUUCUUCACCAGUAACAGCAGAGCUUCAAAUAACAUUGAUUGCAACACCCUUUCCAAAUAGCUCUUCAGCCGCUGCACGAUCAUCGGACAGCCGGUAGGAAGGAGGCCGGGAUUCAUACAAAAGUCUUUGGCUAAAUGGACCUUUAACAGAAGUACCAAACUAGUUUGUGAUAGAAACAAAAUGACACUCCUGGAUAUUUGUAGAGUAUUGGAUAGUGGAUUUAACUUAACUGAAGUGCAGGUCAUUUGAAUAAGAUCAGUAGCAGAUUUGACCAUCCAGAGAAGUAGAAAUUAAGAUAAUGUAAUUAUGAGAAGUGUCUAAUGAAGAGGGCUUGUUAUAAGGAUUGUCCUUUUUACUUCAGCUACUACCCUGGAAAAGAUCUGAAGAGGAUCUGUGAAUCUCGGGUAGGUCUGAGAAAUGUUGAAUGGAGCUAGAGCAGUAAUAAUCACAGUGGGAACAGUACUCAGUGAGAGUGCUGAAAUUUUUCAAACACACUCGCUGUCCCCUUGUCCUGGAGAAAUCUAGACCCUGGUAACUCACUCUUAAAGGAUGCUUUCCCAGCAGCCUCCCUACCCUGACAGGUUUCUGGGGUAACUAAUCUCAAAUCACUUUGUGUAAGUGCAUCUUAAAUACCAGAAGCUCAUUGAAAGACCAUGCACAUAGGAGUAUUGGCCUGAUGUGCACAUUUGUGACAAGGGAAUUGCAGCCUUCUGUAGUAGCUUCACCUUUGAAAUGGUCCCAAGGAAAAAUCAUUGUAGCAAUCUAACCUUGAGGUGGCAGUGUUCCUGCUAAUUAUGCAUCAGUACAGACUUUCAUGCGUCUUGCUGGACAUGGAUGGAAAAGCACUCCUUUGGCCAUGACAACUGCCAGGGCACCCAGGAGCAGCCCUGGAUCUAACACCCAAAAUUUCAUUUGUGUUAUACACAUGCAAAUGCUUGUGUAAGUUCUGCCCCCUUUGCUGGCAGUCAUUGAUCAGGUCUCUGUCUUGUUUUUGUCCCACUGCUUUAUUCAAUUCCAGUGUAAAGUAUAGCUUUUAGCAGUUAAAAUUUAGCCUAUUGUGUACAAUUCUGCCCUUGUCAACCAUGCAGAGUAGUUAUGCUAUGAUGGAAACAGUUUUCUUUGCUUCUGUGUUGCCUUGGGUUGGACUGGGUAGGGCUAGUCCUUUGCUAUCUGUGCUCUAGCAAACUCCCUUCUCACUCGGUGUGUCACAGGUCAUCUGCACCUGUUGACCUCUGAAGACAAAGGUGGUAGACAGUAUUUAGGGAACUCUACCAUAGAAGAUAAAACAGUUGGGUAUUAGAAAUCAUAAUCCUGCCAAGCUCUUAAUGGAAUCGCCCAUCAGAACAUCCACCUCAGCAACUUGCUAGUAGAGACUGGCUUCUGAAAAUGAGCCUGUCUUCAUAAGUUGCUUCCACCAUCAAGAUGGAUGCAGCUGGAUCCCAAUCAGAGGAGAAAAUGGCCAGGUUAUCACAAAGAAGUAAUAGCCAUCCCUCGUUUGGAUCUGAGCCCCUGGUUCAAAUGGCAGAUCCAGAGUGUGUUCAUCCCCAUGAGUCAGAGCCUGCCACCAUCUCGGCAGUGCCUGGGUAGUUGUGGCAGAAAAAAUAUUAAUGGGGUGAUGUAAAAAAGUUGUGAUCUCUGUAGAUGGUGAAAUUGUGCAACACUCCAUCUGGGUUCCAGUGUUACUGCAAUAAAGAACGUGAUCUUUUUAGGA